UAAAAGGCACGGCAAAUGGUCACUGAGAAGCAAACACAGACACUGACAGGUGGAUGAGGAAGUUCCUGUGCGAAAUUACCUCAUAUUUCAAAGUAUUUGCGGGGAAGUGAAAAUGCAGAAAGAACGAGGCAUUUGUCUGAGAGACUUCAAAAGACCGAAAUCCAUUCUGCUCAAGACAACCGUGAUCGGAGGAAAACAAUGGCCUGUGUUGACGUUGACAUGGACAUCCACGGAGGUGACGAGGAGCUGAGCAGAGCCGGCAGACAAAAGCUGCUUGCGCCCAAGAUACAAGAGUACCAAGCUACAGUGCUCAUCCCAGACAACAAAGGACAGCUGCACGGGCUGCUGCAGAAGCAGCCUGCUGUGUUGGGGUCUCUGCAGGUGGCAAGUGGUCUCUUCAGCGUUGGAGUGGGGAUUGUCUUCGCUGUGUCCCAGAAUAUAAACGUGUCCCUCUUCACUUUGUUCAGAGUUGCCCAACUCACCGGAACGCUCUUCAUCUUUGCCGGAGUUGUGUCCAACCUGCUGUUCAAAUAUCCAGCAUUAUUAUCCCUGUCCCUGAAGGUGAACUGUGGCUGCAUUAUUGUAGCCGUGUUGGCUGCCUGUCUGAUAGGCGUUGACUUGGCUGGAUGGAAUAUAGAAAAUCAAUAUUUUUUGAAGAUGGAGCUACUGGCACUUUGUGUGAUGGGGCUUGAGGUUUUUCUCUCGGCAAUCCUCUGCUUCUGGUUCUCUAAAGAGAAACGUGCAAAAUCGCCAGUCACCGACCACAGCAGAACUAAAUGAACUGUUGUAUUUUUUUUUUUAUUGGUACAUUUCGUGUAGCUUCUUAACAGACCGGAUUGUGGUCUGUGUCUGAUGUUUGACUGAGACCGAGAGUAUAAGGCUUGUGGUAAAUGAAUGUCAGCUUGUGUCCUGUGAAGGAAAACCCUCUCUUUACCCUCCUCAACCCCUGCAUCGUCUGUCUAACGGCAGUAGUGGGUCUCAGUUUGCAGUGUGUUCUCUUUUUUUCUCGUCUGCGUGCGAGUGCAUGUGGUUUUACACUCGUGCUUUCUUCUCAGUGGAAAUACCUAUUUUUUUUUGGCUGAUCUCACUUUAGCUCGUGAAUUAGAGCUUCUUUUUUCCUGUUGACUGCAGCAAAGACAUCAAUACUGCAGUGUGUGGUUGAAACAUUUUUAAUCAUCUGUACAAACUUGUCACAGAACUGGCAACGAAAGAAACAUGACAGUUUAACACUGCAUCUGCCUGCUGUCUGUUGUUUUUGUUUGCUUUGUAGAAUACAUAAUAAUAAAAAAAACAACUCAUCUACAAUAUAAACACUGAUUCAUACCUAGGUCAUUAAAAACAAAUGUACAGACCACUGACGUACCAUCAUGACAGUGUAUAUUGUGUGUCCGUUUCCAAUUUGAAAUAUGAAAUGUAAUAAAAAAACAAAACAGCUGAACUUCGUCCACUGAGGUUUUUAGUGCCGCGAAAGCUGGACGCUGGAUACACAAACUGCUGAGGCAUCAAGUAGCAUUCAGUCAGAGGACUUCACAGCUGCGGAGAAAGAGAAGUAACACGGUAUUAAGAUCUUAGAAAAGCAAGAACAACAACAUGUGACACUCAGGACAUUUUAAUUGAAUCGCCAUGCAACAUUAAGAAAACAAAAGGCCAUUUUCAAAAAUAUUUUUUUGAAAGCAUUUAAAAAGGCAUAAGACAAGCUUUACUUUGAAGUUUAUGGAUAUUGUCAAACCUAUAAUGACAGUGUUAGAGUUAGGGGUGACCCUACAUUCCUAAAAUCUUUAGUGGUGACUGGUCAUCACAUUUGUUUAUAAAACCAUGUUCAGUUUCUGGUUUUAUUGCCUUAAACUACAUUUUUUU